AUGGAUUUCGACAAGCUCAAGAUUCACGACCGCAAAAUCAUUGUCGGUAUUGACUUUGGCACCACCUACUCUGGAGUAGCCUGGGCCGAAAGCCGAAACCCUUCGAGGCGCACUGCCAUCACCCAGUGGCCUGUCUCCAGCACCAACAGGGAGGGAGAAUCGAGCGACAAGGUUCCCUCCAAGCUCCGAUACAAUGGCGACAAGAUCGAAUGGGGCUUUUCCAUCCCCAUCACGGCGCCUCAGGAGGAGGUGAUUGAGUGGUUCAAGCUCGACCUUGACCCUUCGCUCGAGUCCAUGAGCCAAGCAGUCAGGGCUGAUGGUGCACGAGGUGGUCGAAAUGUCGAUACCCUUGUCGCCGACUACAUCUCUCAGCUUAGCGACCACCUUCUGUAUACUCUUCGUGAAAAGCUUGGUGACACUAUCGUCAACAGCACCCCUCUCGAGUUUGUUGUCACUGUCCCCGCUAUCUGGAGUGACUUGGCCAAGGACAAGACCAAGAGAGCAUGCGAGCAGGCCUCGGGCAUUUCAGCCUCCAAUCAGCCUGUCCAUCUUAUCUCUGAGCCCGAGGCCGCUGCCAUCUAUGCCCUCCAUGGCCUGGAUCCCCACGGCCUCAAGGUCGGAGACACUAUUGUUGUCGUUGAUGCUGGUGGCGGUACUGUCGAUCUCAUCUCGUACACCAUCACUGGCCUCAAGCCUAUCCUCGAGGUCCAGGAAGCCGCUCCCGGUUCCGGUGCUCUUUGCGGCUCUACCUUCCUCAACAUGCGCUUUGCAAAGUUCCUUCGUGGAAAGCUAGGCAAGGAGGAUGGUUUCGACGAGGAGGUGAUGGCUGAGGCCAUGGAAGUAUUCGAGAAGAAGGUCAAGCGUCAAUUCACCCUCAAUGUUAGCCCAGACGAGACCUACAACAUCCCUGUGGCAGGUCUGGCCAACAACAAGGCGCUUGGUAUCAGCCGUGGACGCUUCGCUCUCAAGGCUUCGGAGCUCCAAACCAUCUUUGAGCCUGUGGUGCUCGAGGUAAUCAGGCUUGUCAAGGACCAGAUCACGGCUAGUAACGUGCCUAUCCGCGCCAUUCUCCUGGUUGGUGGUUUUGGAGCCUCCAGUUACCUCAAAGAGCGACUUCGAAAUGCUGUCGACAGAGAGAUUCAGAUCAUGCAGCCCCCCAACGCCUGGCAGGCCAUUGUUCAGGGCGCCGUGCUCAAGGGACUCGCCAAUGCUGUUCCAGAGCUCGCAGUGGUCAAGGUGAAGAAUCGCAAGGCCCGAAAGCACUACGGUACCGAAUGGCGGGCUCGAUACGACGAAAAGCUUCAUGGGCAUCUCAAGGCCAAGAAACAGUGGUGUGGCCUUGAUGGCUGCUUCAAGAUUCACGCCAUGGAGUGGUUCAUCAACAGAGGUGAUCAAGUGUCGGAGAAUGAACCUUACUAUACUGCAUUCGUCUGGACGGGUCUCGUCAGCCAAGGUCGCAUCCGGAAGAUCAAGAUGACUAUCUACAAUGAUCAGACACUUCGAGAUGCCCCCGUUUCUCGUGAUGAGAACGUCAAGGUCCUUUCGCAUGUCGAGGCGGAUGUUAGCCAUAUCCCAGAGAAUCUGCUGGCACGCCGUCAGGGCUCAGACGGCCAGUGGUACUACGAGCUGAGCUGCAAGAUCGAGGCUGUCUACCUCUCGGCAUCGACCACCUACACCCUUCUCUACAACAACCAACGAUACCACACAGUGACUUGCGAGUACGUCUAA